ACUGGAUGGCCGAGCUUGUAGCGCGGUUGAGAUGUGCAUUUGGAUCCGAUGGUGUCCCACGGGUGACGAUUUGACGAUGGCGCGCUCCACGACACACUUUCCCUCGGAAAAAAAACGAACCCUACGAACCGCAAGCUCGGCCAAUCACAUCAAGACCGCAGUAAAGAUGAUCGUGACCGAGCGCGUCACGGUGAUCCCGAACGUCAAUUGAGGGAUGCAUGAGUCCGUGUAGUUCUCGAUUUGGCAGAGGCGGUGGGUAUGAAUUUUUCCCGGAGUCUUUCUGUUUGCGCGAAGGUGGACCAGUGAGUCCUCAAGAACUCCUGAAGAAGUCCCCACCCGCAAUGACCCCCUUCGAGCACCUUUAUGGUGGCUACGUCUAUGGCAUCCUCUUCUCGGCGAUACUCUUGGGGGUAAUCACCGUGCAGUCGAGAUCUUAUUUUCUACGUUAUCCAAGCGAUCCCAUCACGACAAAACUUCUGGUCCUAGUGCUAAUACUGGCCCAGCUCGUUGAUCUCGGUUGCUCUCUGUCAGGUCAGUACAAGAUCGCCAUGCACGAGCAUACACCAGGCACCAACUCGUGGUAUAUCUCCGCGUUUGAUGUGACAUCUGUGUGUCAUAUACUCGGAUCACGUCCGCACUAUCUCACGCAGUGUGCACAGGUAGUGUCUUCGUUAUCAGUCCAAUCCUUCUUCUCCUGGCGUAUUAGUAAAAUGACCAAUCUGUGGGUGGCGUUACCGGCGAUUCUGAUUAGUUUGCUUCAAUUUGCUUUUGGACUUUGGGUGUACCUUCUUGGCAUUCUGCAUUUGAAAGUGUAUUCGCUUCCCCAUUGGAGCCGAACCUCAACUAUUGGUUUGUGUGCAUCUCAAGCCGCCGCAGAUACGUUGAUAGCAGUAAUAAUGAUUGUCCUGCUGCGUCGCAAACGAACCGGAUUCCCGAGGACAGACAGAGCGAUAAAAAUUCUGGUUAGAUACGCGGUUCAAACUGGCGCAAUCACAAGUGUCGUCGCUUUGACGAUAUUAGUUUCAUUUCUUUGGUAUGAUGGGUAUCACUUCCUGACUAUCUGUUUUGCGGUGCCAUUCGGAGGAGUAUACACCAUCACCCUGCUGGCGAACUUGCAUAGCCGUAGUCAGGCCCGAAAAUUCCUAUUGCCAGGGUCCACAGAAGAUGCUGGUCAGUCAAUUCACCUAUCCAAAAUGUCAAUUAAGGGCUGGGCCCCACGUCACGCUAAUCCCAUCAACAUACCUAAGAGUUCGGAACGUACCUUUGGGUUCUUAUUCGUGCGGCGGCAAGACGCAAACUCAGUCUAACGCAUUUGAAAAAAUCGCACGUCUCCAUACCAUCUCGUUCGUGUCCUAUAACAAGUUUACUGGCUUGUCAGCCCGAGUCUUGUUCACAUUCCGUUAGAUACCGUGCCUGAAACGUACAAGUAAUGCUCUUGCCUCAGUCAACCCUCUUUGGUCACUUUCUUCCUCGCAAUCCGGUCCGCCCGAAACUUACCCCGUGUCUGCUAUGUCAAUGAAG